ACAUCACAGCUGGAAGUGCCUUGUCACGCGGGGUUAGUAAAAGUUGGGAUCGGAGCUCCACAGGGCGAGAGAGAGAGACACAAGUCAGGCCGGCGCAGAGGCAGCGAAACCGGGCUAAACAUUACCCGACCAUUGGCUGCGAUUACGACAAACGGGAGACAACGCUUCUUUUUGUUUAUAUUGAGAAAGCGUGGCAUAGACUUUCUCCUAAGUUACCCCCCCUCCCUUUUUCUUUUUUUUUUUGCCAAAGACUAUUUUGGAUUUGCAGAAAUAACGAAGGACACUUUGGUUGCGUGGUUCGAUCAAGCACCAAAUGAAGCAAAGUUGAAGUUGGGCUUCGGCGUCGUGCCACUCGGUAAAUGUUGCGACGUUUUCGGAGAGCGUAAACCCUGCCUGCUUCGACAGUCGAUCGGCGGCGUGGGGGGGUUUCAGAGACUACUGAGCCGAGCUGUCAAACCCGAUGACGGCGGCAAACUGCCCCGGUAAUGAGGAGCUGGACUUCCGACUCAUCUUCGGGGAGGACGGACUGCAGCAGCAGUUGGGCCCCGCAGAUCUGGAGCCAGAUGACAACACUUCGUUCUACAUUCUAAACAUGGGGCAACCCCCAUCAGUGGUCACGAACCACCAGUCAAUCAGCCUCCCCCGUCAUGGCAUGCAGUCGCACUCCCCGCUCAUCAGCACUUCACCUCGCCUUCAGUCACAUAAACACGGACCCGUGCACCUGACUUAUGAGGCCCAAGACUCAAAGUAUGGCUCCUCCCCCUUGCUCCAUUCAGCCCCGGUGGAGGCACCAAAAGCCUUUGAAUGCCCCAGUAUUCAGAUUACCUCCAUCUCCCCGAGCUGCCAGCAGGAGAUGGAUGCCAAUGAACAAGACCUGAGGGCCAAUGGUCCUGAUAGGGAGUACCACAGUGAGAGGCCUCUGUCCAGAGACCACCUGUAUUUGCCUCUCGACCAUUCGUACCGGGACUCUUCUCUCAGCCCGAGCCCAGGCAGUAGCCUCUCAUCUCGGAGCUGGUUUUCCGACGCCUCCUCCUGCGAAUCAUUUUCCCACGUAUAUGACGAUGUUGAUGCUGAGCUCAAUGAAGCCGCCGCUCGCUUCACCCUGGGCUCGCCGCUCACGUCCCCGGGCUGCGUCUCCCCUCAAACGGGAGUCGGCAAUCUGGAGGAGCAGCCGCAGUGGCAGCACCCUCACCCCUCCUUCGUCCAACACUCCAUCACGCUGUCACCUCGACAGUCCCCCUGCCACUCACCACGCACCAGUGUCACUGACGAGAACUGGCUUAGCCCACGGCCACCUUCUCGGCCCUCCUCGCGUCCCACCUCACCCUGCGGGAAGAGGCGCCACUCCAGUGCGGACAUCUGCUAUCCUGGCUCCGUGUCGCCACAUCACUCUCCCUCACCCACGCCAGGACCUUCACCUCGGGGGAGUGUGACAGAGGACACCUGGGCUGGCAGUCCCUCUAUCGGAAUGUCACCCUUUCAGUGCUGCCCGUCCGAGGCGGACAUCCCAUCUAAGACACGGAAGACCUCGCAAGAUACCACAGCCAUGCAGCCUCCAGCAAAAGGAGAUUUGGGCAUAGAUGACAAAGGAAAUAUGCCUCAGAUUCUAGACUCUCCCUCAGAAGAGGCGCUCCACAGUCUCAAGAAGGAUGUGCACGGGGAACAGUUCCUCUCCGUGCCCUCCCAUUUUUCAUGGAAUAAACCCAAGCCUGGACACACACCUAUAUUCAGGACCUCCUCACUUCCUCCCCUAGACUGGCCGCUGCCAAGUCAGUUCGGCCAAUAUGAACUGAAGAUCGAGGUGCAACCCAAAGCACACCACCGAGCCCACUACGAGACCGAGGGCAGCAGAGGAGCUGUCAAAGCGGCGUCAAGUGGCCAUCCCAUUGUCAAGCUGGUUGGCUACAACGAGAAGCCUGUCAACCUGCAGAUGUUCAUCGGAACAGCAGAUGACCGCUACCUGAGGCCGCACGCGUUUUACCAAGUGCACCGCAUCACUGGGAAAACGGUGGCCACAGCCAGCCAGGAGAUUGUGAUCACCAGCACGAAAGUUCUUGAAAUUCCUCUGCUGCCUGAAAACAACAUGUCCGCCAGUAUCGACUGCGCGGGCAUCCUUAAGCUACGGAACUCAGACAUUGAGCUGCGGAAGGGGGAAACGGACAUAGGAAGAAAGAACACAAGGGUACGCGUAGUGUUCCGGGUUCACAUCCCUCAGCCGAACGGGAAGGUUCUGUCGCUGCAGGCUUCCUCCAUUCCUGUAGAAUGCUCCCAGCGUUCGGCUCAAGAGCUGCCCCAGGUUGACAAAUCCAGUCUGACCAGUUGUCUGGUCAGUGGGGGAGAGGAGAUGGCCAUCACUGGGAGCAACUUUUUUCCAGAGUCCAAAGUCAUCUUUUUAGAGAAAGGCCCUGAUGGGCGGCCACAGUGGGAAGUGGAAGCCAAAAUCAUUCGGGAGCAAACUCAAGGCUCGUGUAUUGUCGUGGAAGUCCCUCCCUACCACAGUAAGACGGUGAGCUCGGCUGUGCAAGUGCAGUUUUAUGUCUGCAAUGGAAAACGAAAAAGGAGCCAAUCCCAACGCUUCACCUACCUUUCAGCGAUGGUGAAGCAGGAGCACCGGGAUGAGCUGGACCAUCCGGCUGUACCUGCCAUGUCCAUGCCUCUGACACACACUGCCAGCCUGGUGCGCCCUCAGCUGCCUUCCCCCGAUCAGGGCCACCCAUCGGAUAACCUUCUGUCCACCUCCCCGCACGGCCUGGCCUCGAGCUCGGGACCCGUCCUGCUGCCCCUGCAGUCUCCCUGCCCCACACUGGGCUCCCCGUCCUUCCAGCACCUGCCUCACCUCCAGGGUCGCGGUUUGCACCACGCCCCCGCCGACUGCCACAUGCCGUUCCACCCGAGCUCCUCUCCUGUUCCCCUUCCUGCCUCCUCCUCGCCCUCUCGGGCCGCUUACCAGCCCAUGCAGCGCAACCAGAGUUACGCUCAUAACCUGUCCUUCAACGGUCAAUCCAGCUUUUCUCCUCAGAGCUACGACAGGAUGCCUUUCCAGCAGAGUCCCGGUGCGGUGUCACACCCGUUGGGCAUGGGGAUGGUGUAUUCCUCCUCCCCCUGCUCGUCGUCCCCGUCGACGCCCGUGUCGUCGGGCCCUAUCGCCGGUUCCCCGCAGAGCCACCAACCACUCCUGGCCCCCUCAUCCCCUCACCUUCACACGCUCGGAGGCUACCACUGCUCCCCGAAUCCCACUCAGGUGUCCUCACCUACCGGCCACCCACUCGUGGGGCCCCACACUUCCCAGCUGCAGCGAGCCAUGGCUUACCACCCAGUGAGUCAACGCUCAGCCUCCUGCCCCACGCCGUCCACUGCCCCUCCUCCACAUAUGAUCCCAUCGGCCCAAUCGGGGCCUUCAUCCCCUCAGCUCCACUCACUGCCCUACCAGUCUCCCACUUCCUCUUCGCCAGGUAACAGUCCCUUGGGCCCUUUGCAGCAUCCGCACUCAGGACAACCUUCUCCUCAGGCGGCUAGCCCGGUCAUGGCCGGCUUGUCCCCGACCGCUACGGGGCCUUUAGUGCACCCGCUAAGUCCCCCCCAGGGGCCUUUCACAUCAGAAGUGGAGAGGCUGAACAUCAAAGAAGAGCCGGAGGACGGGGAGCCCACCUUCCGCACGAUAGGCCUACAAGACAUCACGCUGGAUGAUGUUAACGAGAUCAUCGGCCGAGACAUGUCACAGUCACCCAGCGGCCGUGGCGCCGUCCGAACGGCCCACGGCACACAGUCGUAGCCAACCGACCGGAUGGCAGUCCCAACACCAGGGUACUUCAACUCCUGUCAGGCCUGCUCAAUAUACUGUAUACAUGCAUCAAGAGCAUGAAUGUGGGUGAUUUGAUUUUCUUUUUCACAAAAAUCACCCUUUUUUGAAACGA